AUGGGUGAUUUUCGACUCACUGGAGAGUACAAUAAACUUUCGGAGAGAGACGUCGCUAAUUAUACUGUUCAUAUUGCAUCACACGGAAAUCGUUUGGAAAUCUGUUUACCGAGUGGCGCCCAUGGUUCCCAUGUAGCCAACAUUGCGGCCGCUAACUAUCCAGACAAGCCUGAACUCAAUGGUCUUGCACCUGGAGCUAAAGUUAUUUCAAUGAUGAUUUCUGAUGUUCGUCUGAAUUCAAUGGAAACUGGUACAUCGUUGAUAAGAGCGUUUAACAAAUGCGUUGAAAUGAAGGUGGACAUUGUGAACAUGUCCUUUGGAGAAGGCACUCAUUUCCCUGACAAAGGGCGUAUUAUCGAUGAGCUGAAGCGUAUCAUCGAAGAGCAUAACAUUGUUUUCGUCUCGUCUGCGGGCAAUAAUGGUCCAGCUUUAUCGACUGUUGGUUCCCCUGGUGGAACGACUUCUGGAGUACUCGGUAUCGCUGCUCGUAUCUCUCCUAAGCAAGCAGCUACUCUCUAUGGCGUAUUUAGGGAUGUGAAGUCGUCGCUGUAUCCAUGGAGCUCUCGUGGCCCUUCUGUCGACGGAGCAUUGGGUGUGUCUCUGUACGCGCCAGGAGCCGCCAUCGCCGGCGUUCCACGUUAUACCCGUAAGUCAGCUGAGAUGAUGAACGGAACCAGCAUGAGUUCUCCGAAUGCUUCAGGCGCGAUAGCCUGUAUGCUCUCAAAACUACGCUCUGAUAGUAUUCCAUGGACCCCAUACCGGGUUCGAAUCGCAUUGGAGAAUACUGCCGCGAGCAAUGCGAACGAGGAAUCUUUUGGUGGGGGUCACGGUCUGAUACAGAUAUUGAAUGGAUAUGAAUAUAUGCGUUCGUACAAAGAUAUUCUGCCACCUCUUUUCAUAACUGAUAUCGACGUACGGGUGAAGCAGUCUAAUCGAACUUCGAGAGGCAUCUAUAUCCGAGAAGUUCUUGAGUCGCGUAACUUACAGGAAUAUGUUGUUAGUGUUCAGCCCAAGUUCAAAGAAAUCUCUGAUAAUAUUGGAAAAUCGGACUUUGCCAUGAAAAUAUCGUUGCAAUCUGAUGGUGAAUUCGUGGAAUUUCCUCGUACCUUUCUAUUGACUGCUGGAGAAGGCAGUUUUGCUGUGAAAGUUGAUCCUACAGUUCUUUCACCUGGAGAAUUCAGUUACACCGAGAUUGUUGGACUUUGUGAGGACAACUUUGAAUUCGGCCCAUUGUUCCGUGUUCCAAUCACCGUCAUCAGCCCUGAAGAAGUUUCGAGUAAAGACGAUUAUACCUACGAGCGUGCAUUCGAAGCUUUUUCUGGAGAAGCUAAUCGUCAUUUCAUAACAGUACCUGCAGGCGCCAAUGUUUGUGAGGUCAUAGUCGAAAACGCAUCGCGAGCUUCACCGAAAGAGCGUUUCACGUUGCACUGUGUACAGAUUUCUGAUGAUAAAUGCUUCCGCAAUUCUGAGACGUAUAAGAAUCUUGGCCCGGAUAGCUUUGAAUGGAAGCACUUUGUUCCGGUAGCUGAGAAUCGUACGUUAGAAAUAUGCCUCGUACGUAGCUGGACACGUGGUCCCGAUGGAAUUAAUGUCAGACUCUCUGCACGGUUUCAUGGAGUCAAAAGAGAUCCAAACAUCAAUCUGAGCUUGAGUGACAAGAACCUUUCCAAGACGUGGUCCGGCCCCUACACAGAUUCAUGCUCCACCCGUAUGCUCACCACUCAGCAAUUCAAGGCAGCGCCGUUCCGCCCGGGGACGCUCGAAAUAAGACCGGGCUAUACGCGAUUAACGCACGUUUGA